UGUUAUUUCCCUCAGAGAUCUGAAAUCGAACAAACUCCGAGCAGUGCCUGAUCUCAACUACUGCAGAGAAAUGAGAGUACUAGAUCUAGCCAGUAAUCAUAUCAGAUCCAUCGAAGAUAAACCGUUCCGAGGGAUGUACCAGAUGCACGAUCUGUUAUUAGCCCACAAUCAGAUCCAGUACAUUCCGCAGGACGCUUUUUACAACCUCUCGAAACUUCAAGUACUGGAUUUGGAAGACAAUCAGAUUUCCUUCAUCCACCCAGAUUCGUUCAUGCCAAUUUCAAAAAUCGAAGAUCUCAACUUGGGCAACAACGUUUUCCCCCACCUACCUUCGGCCGGGCUGGAGCUCCUCCUCCACCUGAAGACCUUCAACAACCCCAAUCUGCGCGAGUUCCCUCCACCUACAGACUUCCCCCGCAUCCAGACCUUGGUGCUGGCCUACGCGUACCAUUGCUGCGCCUUUCUGCCUCUCAUCCCCUCCAAUCCGCCGCCGGCCAAAGCGAAAGACAUCAUCGUGUUUCCCGACAUCGAGGACAUCGAUCUCAAUUUCUGGAACAGUUCGGUGGAUUUGUGGCCGUCCCAACAGAACAUAAGCCAAAAGUUCGGCAAAAAAUUCGGCGAACUCUGGGAGAACAUCCGCUCCGAUUUCACCUACCCGAACAACUUCCCGUCCUACAUGGAGGAGUACGCCGCCGAGGACGACCUCACUCUGCGCGUGCCCGGGGAAGUACCUGCCGCCCCGGGCAACGUGCAGUGUCUGCCACUGCCCGGGCCAUUCCUGCCCUGCCAGGACCUCUUCGAUUGGUGGACGCUGCGGUGCGGCGUGUGGAUCGUGUUUCUGUGCGCCAUGUUGGGCAACGGCACUGUGGUGUUCGUGUUGAUCUUCUCCAGGAGCAAGAUGGACGUGCCGAGGUUCUUGGUGUGCAAUUUGGCGGCUGCGGAUUUCUUCAUGGGCAUCUACUUAGGUUUUCUGGCGGUGGUCGACGCCUCGACCUUAGGCGAGUUCAGGAUGUACGCCAUCCCGUGGCAGAUGUCGGCCGGCUGUCAGCUGUCAGGCUUCCUCGGCGUCCUCAGCUCCGAGUUGUCGGUGUGGACGUUGGCGGUGAUCACUUUGGAGAGGAACUACGCCAUCACGCACGCAAUGCACCUGAACAAGCGACUGUCGCUGAAGCAUGCCGGCUACAUCAUGGUGUGCGGCUGGAGUUUCGCCGUCGUCAUGGCCGUUAUGCCGAUUUUCAAUGUGUCGGAUUACAGGAAGUUCGCUGUCUGCCUCCCGUUCGAAACUGGAGACUCGGCCAGCCUGGCGUACGUCGUCUUCCUCAUGUUCAUCAACGGCGUGGCCUUCCUCAUCCUUAUGGGCUGCUACCUGAAGAUGUACUGCGCCAUCAGGGGCUCGCAGGCGUGGAACUCGAAUGACUCGCGCAUCGCUAAGCGCAUGGCGCUGUUGGUGUUCACCGACUUCUUGUGCUGGUCGCCGAUAGCGUUCUUCGCGCUGACAGCUGCGUUUGGGCUGCAGCUGAUCUCCUUAGAGCAGGCCAAGGUGUUCACGGUGUUCGUGUUGCCAUUGAACUCGUGCUGCAACCCCUUCCUCUACGCCAUCCUCACCAAGCAGUUCAAGAAGGACUGCGUGAUGAUCUGCAAGGCGAUAGAAGAGAGCAGGGUGACGAGGGGCAUUGGCCGGUGCAGGCACAGCUCCAACUUCAGCAAUAGACAGACGCCGGCGAACACCAACAGCUUGGCAGACAGGUCUUCGCGGGAGAAGCAGGACCACCACGCGCCCCAGUGCACGUGCAACGCCAAGCUGCUGGGCGAGCAGCAGCCGCAGGCGCAGGCUCAGCUGCAGCUGCAGCAGCAGAAGACCGCCAACGGCGCUGGCGGCGAGCGGAAGCAGAAGACGACGACAGCGCGCGAAUGGCUGCUGAGCAAGGCGCGGUGGCUGCUGUGUGUAAGAAGGCCUGCCAGGCAUCGACCUCGGACCGACCAGUACGCCUACCAGAUAGCCGAGAUACAGCAGAAGCAGCACAAGCGGGCCUCGUCGGUCUCGUCCAGCGAGAACUUCAGCUCGUCCAGAUCCGAUUCGUGGCGCCACAACCACCACUGCGGCAUCCCGUUGCGCCUCCUGGACCCCAAACGACGGGCGUCGUCGUGGCUGGUGACGCGCAAGACGUCGCAAGACUCGAACCUGUCGUCGUCGAGGAACGACUCUUCCGGCUCGGCGGCGACGACAGCCAGCACCAGCACGUGGCGGAUGUCAAGGUCGAGCGCCUCGAGCGAGCCGGCAGCGAGGGCGGCCAGGGCGAAGCCGAGGCUGACAAGGCAGUGCGCCGUGCAGGAUGAAGGAGAGCCGCCAGGCUCCCCGGGAAGACUGACCGUCCGCUUCCUCACCACUAUUCCCUCCGCCGCCGAGACCAGCAUGCAGCUGGAAGACGACCCGCCCCCGUCCACCCCUGCCCCCCUCUCCCCCGUCGCCGCCCCUGGCCCCGCCAUCCUCGUCAGCCCCGCCAAGGAGCGCGACGGCCCCCUCUAUGCCAUCCUCCACUCGACCCCGCCCCCUCCUCCCGCCCGCCGGCAGUCCGUCGUCACGUUGCACCCGACAGAGGGCGGAGACAGAGGCCACGCCCCCAGCGAUUCUGGAUGGAGCAACGGGGCGGGGCCAGGUCCGUCCAGGUAAUAGGGUGGGGCUGCAGACAGUCCGUCGUCGUGAAGCACCUGGUAGAGGGCGGAGACAGAGGCCACGCCCCUGCCAACAGCGUAGCAGGUCGGAGUAACAGGGCGGGGUUGAGGCCGUCCAGGUACUAGGGUGGGGAUGGUUGCAGACAGUCCGUUGUUGCGUUGCGUCUUAUGGAAGGCGGGGAUUGUGGCCACGCCUCCAGAGAUUCUAGUCGAAGAAACGGGGCGGGGCCGUCCAUAUAGAAGUUAGGAGGCGUGAGCGUGUUUUCUAACGAGAAAGGCGAGCUGAAUUCGUCGAUAAAUACAAUACAAUGUCUGCGAGACAGUGGAUGGAAAUCUGGAUGGUCGCUUGUGCAUCUCCGAUAUUUGGUAACCUCAAGAUCUAUGCAGACAAAUAUGUCACAUGAUCAGCAUUAUGGGUUUUAGAAACAGUGAACAAGCUUUGGUAAACAAUCAAAUUAACCAGAUAACAAAGGAUUUUUUCAAUUCCAGGGUCGGUUAUUUUUGAACACAAAUCGAACCUGCAAAUUCAUAAUCUCAUACUUUCUUCCACUACUCUACUGAUAACAUUUCUUGUUAUGGCACUCACAAUGUAUUUGUAAUAGCUGAUACUGAAAUCUGUCAGAUCGUGAAAGCUACUACAUGCAUAAAUACAUAAGUGAAAGGAUAUCCAUGAAUGUGAAUAAAAUCAAAUUUUAUGUCUCAACAUGUCCAUAAAAGUGUUACUUUUUGUCUCCAAGAAUAAAACAUGCUAUUUUUUGUUCGUCGAACGUUCGAGAUAAAAUACCUCCGAAUGGACAUGUAUGCAAAGUAAACCUUUUCGUACGUUUGAAGAAGAAGGAGUUAUUUUGUUAUUUGUUGGAAUAGGUGCAUAAGAUCCGAAAAGGAAUCAAAUGGCUCUAUGAAAUCUCAAUUUUCUGUUGAUCACUCUAUACAUAUUUCUGUUGAAUGUUUGUACAGCUUUGAAAUCGAAACCAUUUCGACUGUGGAAAUAAUGGAUAGACUGUAUAGGUACAGGGUGAGCAUAUUUUUCAAUAUUUUAAUAAUACUGAAAUAAUGGCGUCGUCGUCGAAUUCUUUUUGGCGGAAACAUAUUUUGGUAUAUUUGGAAUGAGCUGGAUUUAUCGAGAAAAGUUUGUGGAAAAAUCUACUUUCUUUCGUUGAAAAUAUAUCUUCAUUACAUAGCUUCGCCUAGACGUGUGGGAGCAAAUUUUUAGAUUCUUGAAAUUAUUUCUUCUUCUCAAUUUCAAUAUCAAUAUCAAAUGUAUGCCUUGCUUCUCCAAUUUGAUUAUUGGUACAGACUACAUUUCUGUUUUUUAAUGCUCUUUCGAAAUUUUUCAUACGAUGAAAAACUGUUUUUUUUAUAUAUAUAUAAUAAUCUCUCGCUAUUUGUUCACGAGUUUUGUUUUCAUGAAUCCUUUGAAUAUGGCAAACAUAGAUGACAUGAUUAUUUCAGUUUUCAAAUGAGUUUUCUUCAGAUUUUCACUAUUAAUUGUUUCUACUACUUGUAAUAGCUCUGCAUGAGGCUCUUAGACAUCAACAUUCGCUCACCCUGUAUACCUACAAAGUAAGUGAAAACAGUCAACAAUAGCCUUAGUGAGUAAUUGGAAAUGUGAAAUUUAUCUGGAUUUUAAGGACUUUAUUUUUGUAUCUUGAAAUUGAAAAAAAAAACUAAUGAAAUCACAUCAUUCAUAAUGACUCAACAUCGCACUGAAUACCAAUAUAAAUAUGCCUCUGUCAAUAAUCAGGCACCAGAUCUAUAAAGUCUUUACAAAGUCACUUGAGACUAAUUCAGAAACACGCGGUCCAUUUCAACUUUUCAGAGGGAGUUUGCAACUAAUACCUUCUGCAAUGCCGCUUUUCCUCAACUUAUCAUCGAACUCAUACCCUAACAACACGGGAUCUUGCUGGUACAUCGCGCUAAGGUCUUACAAAUGUCCCAAUGUUUCAGACUCAGGUACGAUAUCCCAGAGAUGUUUCUCUUGGGAAAUCCAUCAGAUGUUUUCAUUGGAUGUUCUAGAAACAUCCCAUUUGAUCUUUUUUUCAUAAACAA